AAGUGGCCGAGUCCCGUCGGCCCCUGCGGGCCGCUCGCCGUCGCCGUGGAAACGAAAGAGGCCAAGUAGCGCUCCGCCCUGACACGCCGGCUCCGGUGGGCUCCAGCCGGCUACGCCGCGGCGGACAACGAUGCUGAAGGCCAAGAUCCUCUUCGUGGGGCCUUGCGAGAGUGGAAAAACUGUUUUGGCCAACUUUCUGACAGAAUCUUCUGACGUCACUGAAUACAGCCCAACCCAAGGAGUGAGGAUCCUAGAAUUUGAGAACCCGCAUGUUACCAGCAACAACAAAGGCACGGGCUGUGAAUUCGAGCUAUGGGACUGUGGUGGCGAUGCUAAGUUCGAGUCCUGCUGGCCAGCCCUGAUGAAGGAUGCUCAUGGAGUGGUGAUCGUCUUCAAUGCUGACAUCCCAAGCCACAGGAAGGAAAUGGAGAUGUGGUAUUCCUGCUUUGUCCAACAGCCGUCCUUACAGGACACACAGUGUAUGCUAAUUGCACACCACAAACCAGGCUCUGGAGAUGAUAAAGGAAGCCUGUCUUUGUCGCCACCCUUGAACAAGCUGAAGCUGGUGCACUCAAACCUGGAAGAUGACCCUGAGGAGAUCCGGAUGGAAUUCAUAAAGUAUUUAAAAAGCAUAAUCAACUCCAUGUCUGAGAGCAGAGACAGGGAGGAGAUGUCAAUUAUGACCUAGCCAGCCUUCACCUGGGACUGCCACAUCCCCAGUGAAAUCAGCAUGUUUCUCGGUGCAGAUCUGAAAUCACAUCCAGCUCCUGAUGUUUUCUUCUCCCUCUGACUGCAGAGGAAGUGUUCCUACCUGCAGGAAGGCACCUGUCACGCAGGGCGUUCACUCAGACCAUCUGUGCUCUGUCCUGAGUUCAGUUGAGAAAAUCCUAUUAUCGAAUUUGGAUUUCCUGGCCCCAGAACUUCCCAAAGACCUGUAAAAUGGAGGGAUUUACCGCCUCACAUAUGUCCAGUUAUACAGUUUGUGGAAUUGUAACCGUCGCAGCCCAAUGAUACAACAGUAGUUUAAUCGUGUAUUGGCUUGAAUGUGAUUUUCAUUCCUUGAUUCACCCAACAAAUGCCGACUGGCUGAGCACCUGCUGUGUGUGCACUGCUGUUCUAGCUGCUGACCGUAGACAGCAUAAAUGAAAAAGACAGAAAUCCCCACCGUCGUGGAACUCAUUCCAUUUUCCUAAAUGUUAGUUUGGUGCAAAACUAAUCGUGGUUUUUGCCAUUUUUAAUUUUUAAUGGCAGAAGCCACUAUUACUUUUGCACCAACCUAACAGGCUGAUUCAGAAACUUGAGUGCAAUGUCUUGGAUAUGCAAAAAAGAAAAUCAAAAUGCAUUCUUCAUUCUCUGUAAGAGUUCUAGGCGGGGCGUGGUGGCUCACACUUGUAAUCCCAGCACUUUGGGAGGCCGAGGUGGGUGGAUCAUGAGGUCAGGAGAUUGAGACCAUCCUGACCAACAUGGUGAAACCCCAUCUCUACUAAAAAUAGAAAAAUUAGCUGGAUGUGGUGGUGUGUGCCUGUAAUCCCAGCUACUUGGGAGGCUGAGGCAUAAGAAUUGCUUGAGCCUGGGAGGCAGAGGUUGCAGUUAGCCAAGAUCACGCCACUAUACUCCAGCCUGGGCAACAGAGCAAGACUCCAUCUCAAAAAAAAAAAAAAAAAAGAGUUCUAGCCCAGGAGCGGUGGCUCACACUUGUAAUCCCAGCACUUUGGGAUGCCAAGGCAGGCAGAUCACUUGAGGCCAGGAGUUCAAGACCAGCCUGGCCAACAUGGCAAAACCCCAUCUCUACUAAAAAUAGAAAAAUUCACAGGGUGUGCUGGCACACGCCUGUAAUACCAGCUACUCAGGUGGCUGAGGCAUAAGAAUUGCUUGAGCCUGGGAGGCAGAGAUUGCACGGAGCCGAGAUUGCGCCACUAUACUCCAGCCUGGGUGACAGAGACCUUGUCUCAAAUAAAUUAAGUUAUAUUAAAUGUUUAAAAAGAGGUCUAAGUAAGUUUCAUAUGCUGCCCUCCCUCAGAUAAUGAGGGAACCUGGGGUACUUAAAAUGCCAAAUGAACGUAUACUUGAUCUUUAUUCAUAGAUUUUGUAUUUGAGAAUUUGCCUACUCAUUAAAAUAUGUUUGUAACCCCCAAAUCAA